AUGAAUCAACAAACUAGUAAAAAUGUUGUUCGACAGAUCUCAAAAUGCACCAUCAAACCUCACCAAGUCUUAGAAGAAUCAAAAAAAACACACUAUUUAACUCCAUGGGAUCUACCCCUUUUCAAUUUACAUUACAUUCAAAUCGGUCUUCUUUAUCGGAAACCCGCACCUACAGUAGAAGAUCCAAACCCAACCAUAACCUUCAUCGAUCAGCUUAAACAUUCCAUGUCUAUCACAUUAACUCAUUUCUACCCUCUAUCAGGGCGUAUGGUGACUAAACAGCAAGACAAUCCACCAUUUUAUGGGAUUUACGUAGACUGCACCAAUGACUCCGUAGGAGCUGAGUUCAUUCAUGCUGCUGUAGACAUAAGUAUGAUGGAUAUUCUUACUCCAGUAUAUGUACCCCGGAUCAUCCAAUCAUUUUUUUCUCUUGAGGGAGCAAAUUGCCAUGAUGGACACACCGAGCCUUUGUUAGGGAUACAGGUGACAGAGUUAUUGGAUGGUAUUUUUGUGGGUUGCAGUUUUAGCCAUGUUAUAGGUGAUGGGACUUCUUUCUGGAAAUUCUUCAAUGCGCUCGCAGAAACCAAUAGGAAACUAAGAAAAGCAAGCAAAGAAGCAGGUGACCAACAUAUUGGGUGCGAUAUUUCUAGCCUACCAAUAACUAAACGCUGGUUUAUGGAAGAUCCAAUCCUCAUUAACCUUCCAUUCUCCCAUCAUAAAGAAUUUAUCGAACGAUAUGAACGACCACUUCUCAGAGAAAGAAUGUUCCAUUUCACUGAAGAAUCAUUGGCAAAACUCAAAGCUAAAGCCAAUGAAGAAUGUGGCAUAAAAUAUACUGAAAUUUCUUCUUUUCAAGCCUUGAGUGCUUUUGUAUGGAGGUCAAUGACAAGGGCACGCCAUUUUACUUCUGAUAGAAAAACAGAAUGCAGGUUGGUAAGUGACAAUAGAUUGAGAAUGAACCCACCUAUUUCUGAGAACUACUUUGGUAAUUGCGCUCGAACAGUUUGUGGGAGUACCACUGUUGGAGAGUUAUUAGAGCAUGGUAUUGGAUGGGCGGCCAUGCUUUUGCACGAGGCUGUAAUGGAGUAUACCGAUGAGAAAAUCCGAGUAUCGAGAGAGGAAUGGAUGAGGAAACCGUAUAUCCUCCAGAUGGGGCCUUCACUAGAUGCGGCUAGUGUAAUGAUGGGAGGUUCGCCUAAAUUUGAUGUUUAUGGUUGUGAUUUUGGACUGGGGACGGCAGUGGCUGCACGUAGUGGAUCUGCUAAUAAAUUCGACGGGAAGGUGACAGCAUACCGUGGUCUAACAGGGAUAAGGAGUGUGAUGCUUGAGAUUUGCCUUCCGCAUGAGUCAAUGAGUGCGCUUGAAUCUGAUGCAGAGUUCAUGGAUGUUGUAUCUCCUCAUGAAAUUCAUUCCGAAAUUCUAGGGGUGAACAACCGCCGGGAUGGUCCGGUUUUGGGCAAAACCAAACACCAAACCGCACUUAGUCGACUUUGA